CUCCCUUCUUCCACAUAUAAGUAUUGACUUCGAAACCAACUUACUUUUAGCAAUUGAUAUUCUAAAAAAUCCCAAAACAUUCCCCGAAAAAAAAAAAAAGAAUGUGGAAUGGAUGGAAUUAUUCAAGCAAGAUGAAUAAAUAUGUCUUGUUAGGCGUCACGGCUCUCAUUAUGGCAAUGGUCAUUUGUGUAGAGGCCAACGAUGGCAACAGCCCGAGUAGGAAAAUGGAAGAGGUUCACCGUGAAAGCAAGCUGAUGAUAACAAAGACGACGGUGAGUAUUAUAUGUGCCUCCACCGAUUACAAACAAGAUUGCACCACGAGUCUCGCAACCGUGAGGUCGCCGGAUCCCCGAAAUCUAAUAAGAUCUGCUUUUGACCUUGCUAUCAUCUCGAUUCGAAGUGGAAUCGACAGAGGGAUGAUUGAUCUAAAGAGUAGAGCAGAUGCCGAUAUGCACACAAGAGAAGCGCUUAAUACUUGUAGAGAGCUUAUGGAUGAUGCGAUUGAUGAUCUUCGAAAAACGAGGGAUAAAUUUAGGGGAUUUUUGUUCACUAGAUUGUCAGACUUCGUUGAGGAUCUUUGUGUGUGGCUUAGCGGAUCAAUCACAUACCAACAGACGUGCAUUGAUGGAUUUGAAGGGAUUGAUAGUGAAGCGGCCGUGAUGAUGGAGAGAGUCAUGAGGAAGGGGCAGCAUCUCACUAGCAAUGGAUUGGCGAUUGCCGCAAAUCUCGAUAAAUUAUUGAAGGCUUUCCGUAUUCCAUUUCCAUUUCUUAGGUCAAGAAGAGGCAGACUCGGCAUUUUAGGUUCGGGUUCUUCACGAGACGAAUCGGUGGGUUCUUCCCAAGAUUCCCCUCCAAAUGAAGAUUCUUCUGAUGAUUCUCCUAGCACAGUGGACUCUUCGGAGAAUCAACCAGUGGAUUCUUCAUCAGAAAAUCAGUCGUCGGACUCUUCAAAUAAUAGACCAUUAGAUUCUUCCAAGAAUCAACAAAUGGAAUCUUCCGAAGAUACUCCUAAAAAAUCGGCAUUUUCAGGGAAUCAACCAUUAGACGACUCUUCCGAUAAACUUCCUCAAAAAUCGACUUCUUCUGAGAACCAACCGUUGGAUUCCUCCGAGAACCCUCCUCAAAAAUCAACUUCUAGCGAGAAUCGACCGUUGGAUCCUCUUCGCAAAUUGAAUCCCCUUAAUAAAUUGGAUUCUUUGAAGGAUCGACACUUAUCGGAGGAAGGAGAGUUCCCGCCAUGGGUAACACCGCAUUCGCGGAGGCUUCUUGCACGUAGACCUAGAAAUAAUGGAAUCAAAGCGAAUGUUGUGGUUGCAAAGGACGGGAGUGGUAAGUGCAAGACUAUCGCACAAGCAUUGGCAAUGGUACCAAUGAAGAACACAAAGAAGUUUGUGAUUCACAUAAAGGAAGGUGUUUACAAGGAGAAAGUAGAGGUAACCAAAAAAAUGCUACACGUCAUGUUCGUUGGAGACGGACCAACAAAGACGGUUAUCACUGGAGACAUUGCCUUCUUACCAGACCAAGUCGGCACCUACCGCACCGCCUCCGUUGCGGUGAAUGGGGACUAUUUCAUGGCAAAGGAUAUAGGGUUCGAGAACACGGCAGGAGCUGCACGCCAUCAAGCAGUCGCACUCCGAGUUUCAGCCGACUUUGCUGUGUUCUUCAACUGUCAUAUGAAUGGUUACCAAGACACGCUUUACGUCCAUACUCAUCGUCAAUUCUACCGUAACUGCCGUGUCUCAGGCACGAUCGAUUUCGUCUUCGGUGACGCCAAGGCCGUUUUUCAGAACUGCGAAUUCGUUAUCCGCCGUCCCAUGGAACACCAACAGUGCAUCGUCACAGCACAAGGACGAAAAGACCGGCGUGAGACAACUGGGAUUGUUAUCCACAAUAGCCGUAUAACCGGUGAUGCAUCAUAUCUUCCCGUGAAAGCCAAGAACAGAGCAUUUUUGGGACGGCCAUGGAAAGAGUUUUCGAGGACAAUUAUAAUGAACACAGAGAUUGAUGAUGUGAUAGACCCGGAAGGUUGGUUGAAGUGGAACGAGACGUUUGCGCUCAACACGUUGUUCUACACUGAGUACCGCAACAGAGGUCGUGGUUCGGGUCAGGGUCGUCGGGUUAGGUGGAGAGGUAUCAAGCGGAUCUCUGAUAGAGCCGCAAGGGAGUUUGCUCCCGGGAAUUUCUUACGUGGCAACACAUGGAUCCCACAAACGCGUAUUCCAUACAAUGCUAACUGAUCAUACUUGUCUCUCUAUCGUCCAACUCUUUUUAAAGGAAAAGGUGUUUGUAUAUAAAUCCGGAGGGAAGAAAAAAAAUAGAGGAUUUGUAUAUAGUGUUUAUUUUUUGAGGGAAAAUCUAUAGUAUAGGUGUGUUUCUUUCAAAGAAACCGUUUCAGUAAAUUUUAAUUAAUUGAUCAAAUUUUAUAUAUAUAUUGAACAAACUUUGACAACAGAUAAAGAACAAUCUUUAACAAAA